CACACACACACACAUUUCUCUCUCUCUCUCUCUCUCUCUCUCUCUCUCUCUCUCUCACACACACACACACGGGAGCACACAAACACUCAGGGAGUUUAAAGUGCAACCGGGACCCGAGCGGCGGAGCCUGUGACAAAGAAACAGUUGGCCGCGCUGCCUGGCCGCCCUCCAGAGCUCAUUACAGAACUAAGUUGCAUACCAACAAAGAAGAAACUCUCCAGUGCUCCUGGGGCCGUGGGUGCCACUCUGCUUCUAGGUAGUUCUUCACCGCUCAGUCAGUGCGAGGAGGAGGAGGAGGAGGAGAACAAGAGGACAAAGACUAAACAAAAAGUGGAAAAGUGGAAGAAAAAAAAAACCGAAACAAUAGUUGGUUGGAGUUUUUGUGUUUUUUUUUUUUUGUGGAGCAGGACUAGACCACAGGGACAGAAAAAGACUACUUUUUUUUCUGACCGUUUUUUUAUUUGAACACUUCAACAUGUCAAAGUGCGGAGGGCUUGUCUGGGAGUCAUCGUGUUAAAAAUAACUUUAUUGUGGCGGAUCAUGUUUUGGUAGGAGGGAUCAGCUUGCUCUGACAGGACGGCCUGACGGACAGCAGAUGAGAUGAUGCCUUGGAUAUAGACGGCCGGCGCCCCAAGAGUGAUAUGAGUAAGGCACUGGAAGACAUACACAGCUCUGACAGCCUCGGCGAGAAAGCGGCCAUCUUUCGCAGUGGGAAGGCGAACGCCAGUGGCUUCUCCAGCCCUGCCCUCAUCCCCCUGAGAGCCCCCUUCCUAGCGCCACAUGCCCAGCACAGCCGGACCACCACGCUCCACAAGGGGGACAGGAGAAGUCGCGAGGGAGAGGAGACGCUGGCGAGUCCCGUGCCAAACCCCUUCCCGGAGCUCUUCAACUCCACCGUCUCCUCUCUGGUGUCAGAGUGCUUACUCCCCUGGACCAAAAGCAGCUCAACUCAGGUAAUCAAAGUGUACAAUGAGGACAACACCAGCCGGGCCGUGGAGGUGCCCAGUGACAUCACCGCCCGGGACAUCUGCCAGCUGUUUGUUCUGAAGAACCAUUACAUCGACGACCAUAGCUGGACACUGUUCGAGCAGCUCUCUCAUCUGGGCAUUGAAAGAACCAUAGAAGACCACGAGGCAGUGAUGGAGGUUCAGUCGGGAUGGGGUAUGGACUCGGACAGCCGGCUGUGCUUCAGGAAGAACUAUGCCAAAUAUGAAUUUUUCAAGAAACCUCUGGACUUUUUCCCAGAGCACAUGGUGUCUAUAUCUAGUGAAACCAACGGGAUCAUGAACCACUCCCAGCUCAUACAGACAUUUUUAAACUCAAGCACUUGCCCGGAGAUCCAUGGGUACCUCCACGCCAAAGAGCAGGGCAGGAAGUCAUGGAAGAGGUUCUACUUUGUGCUCAGGAGGUCCGGCCUCUACUUCUCCAACAAGGGCACCUCCAAGGAGCCCCGGCACCUUCAGUUCAUGGCUGAGUUCAGCGACAGUGACGUCUACACGCUGCUGUCCGACCGCAAACUCCACGGAGCGCCUACGGACUAUGGCUUCUGUGUGAAGCCCAAUAAGUCAAACUCGCCACGGGACCUGAAACUGCUGUGUGCGGAUGACGAACAGACUCGGACCUGCUGGGUCACCGCCAUCCGCCUCUUCAAGUAUGGGAUGCAGCUGUACCAAAACUUCCUUCAGCCCCACCAGAAGCAGAAGUCCUCUCCCAUGAGGAGCAUCUCGGAGAACUCGCUGGUGGCCAUGGACUUCUCGGGGCAGACGAGCCGAGUGAUUGAGAACCCGUCAGAGGCGCUGUCAGUGGCAGUAGAGGAGGGCCUCUCCUGGAGGCGGAAGAGUUGCCAUCGACUCAGCUCUCAUGGAAGUCCCUCUUCUUCUCACAGUCUUAUGGCCGGCAUAGCCCUCCACCUGGCCCAGCCCUGGUUCCACAGCAAGCUGUCUCGAGAGGAGGCCCAUCGCCUGAUCUCACAGCAGGGCCUUAUCGAUGGGGUUUUCCUUUUAAGGGACAGCCAAAGCAACCCGAAGACAUUUGUCCUGUCACUGUGCCACAUGCAGCGAAUCAAACACUUUCAGAUCCUACCUGUGGAGGAUGAGGGCGAGCAGUUCUACAGCCUGGACGAGGGUCACACGCGCUUCAGCGACCUGCUCCAGUUGGUGGAGUUCUACCAGCUCAACCGAGGGGUGCUGCCUUGCAAGCUCAGGCACCACUGUGCCAGGAUCACCCUCUGAUCCCAUACCCGCUCCCGCCACCCCCCCGCCCGCCGUCCCCUCCACCCGCUCCCUCCCCAUCUCCCCCAACCGCACCUUAAUGCCACGGGGGGAGGAGGAGAAGGAGAGGAGGACAGAGAAGGGAAGGGGGGCGGGGGGGGAUGCGGGGUGGGUUUCUCUGGAGGUUCACAGACGCAUCCCGUGCCUUGGAUCUGAUGGACAGGAGCCUCGGAAACUGGAGCGAGUGCAGAUGUCAGUGACGUCAGACGCAGCCACUGAUCAUAACGGACAUCCGCAAGAAAACAACUCCACAACACACACACACACACACACACACUUAUCCAACUGUGGCAACAAGCUAUGAGAACAAGUGUGACCUCUCCAUUUUUGAAAAGGGCACAUGAUACAAAAGCUGUAGUGAGAAACAAAAACAAGUGUUUAAGAGGACUGGCUAUUGGGUUCUAAGUUUUUUGCAAUAAGGUGAGUGGUGAACGGACCUACCGACAAGUGACUAGAAGCGUAUGAGCUUGUUCUGCAGUGGGGGUUGCCUGCUCAGAUGCGGAGGGGGAAAAGACAUGCUUGAAGGAUGUGAGGGUGGGGGGGGGG